AUGCAGUGGUGACAGAAAGCAUCACACUCUGGUUGCGGUCGCGCGGUCGGUCGGUCUUUUUGCGGUUCGCAAUUUUUAUCACAACACGUCCGGGAAAACGGAAAAUCCUGACCGCUUUACGGUGCAAUUUCCCACUCAGUGCCGCGGACAAACAUGCAGGAACUUACGGAACGCAUCCUCCAGUACAUCGACCAGCACGGCGAUGUGGACACGCUGGAUUUGGUGCCGGUAUUGGGAGAGGACCACCAGAAGAUUGUCGGCGGUGUGAAGAGUAUCGAAUCGACUGCAGCCGACAUGAUCAAGACUACACAGGCCACCCGGAAAACCUGGGAACUGACCGAAGAGGGCAAGCAAAUAUUGGCCAAUGGAAGUCACGAAGCUGUGCUGUUUAACGCCGUUCCGGAAGCGGGAAUCCCACAGGCAGAACUGAUGAAAACUUCGCCUAACGCCAAGGUGGGAUUUAGCAAGGCCAUGUCCAACGGUUGGAUUUUGAUGGACAAGUCAGGAGGAGCGCCACUGAUCAAAAAGAAGGUGGACAAAAUUGAAGAUGUUGUUAAGGGGCAUGUCAAAGCUGUUGCGGAAGGUAGGGAUAAGGAUAUUCCGGAUAACAUCAAGAAUGAGUACAAGAAGCGGAAAAUUUUAACCGAGACUGUCACCAAGAGCUUUGUGCUUUCGAAAGGCCCGGAAUUCUCGACUAGUUUGAAGAAGCUGGAAACCGAUUUAACGGUGGAGAUGUUGGCCAGCGGUAUCUGGAAGGAUCUCAAGUUCAAGCCGUACAAUUUCGAUGCCCUGGGCGUGCCUCCGGAGCGUGGACAACUGCAUCCCCUGAUGAAGGUUCGUUCCGAAUUCCGAUCGAUUUUCCUGGAGAUGGGAUUCUCCGAAAUGCCAACGAACAACUUUGUAGAGUCAAGCUUCUGGAACUUUGAUGCCUUGUAUGUGCCUCAGCAACAUCCGGCUCGCGAUCAGCAGGAUACUUUCUUCGUUUCGCAUCCCAAAUUGAGCAAUAAGUUCCCGAUGCAGCUCCUGGAUGAAGUUAAAGAUUCGCACGAAAUCGGAACGGAUGGUUCCAUUGGAUAUCGGUACAACUGGAAACUUGAGGAGGCCCAGAAAAACGUUCUCCGAACGCAUACGACCGGAGUCAGUGCUCGCAUGCUGUACAAAGUGGCCCGUCAAGAGGGUGGCUUCAAACCAGUCAAGUACUUCAGCAUCGAUAAAGUGUUCCGAAACGAAACUUUGGAUGCAACGCAUUUGGCAGAGUUCCACCAGGUGGAAGGUGUAGUUGCCGAUUACGGACUGACGCUGGGCGAUCUUAUCGGAACGUUCAAUGCUUUCUUCAACAAGCUUGGCAUCACGGAGCUGGAGUACAAGCCGACGUUCAAUCCGUACACCGAACCGUCUAUGGAGAUUUUCUGCUUCCAUCCGGGUCUGCAGCGGUGGAUCGAGGUGGGCAAUUCCGGUGUCUUCCGGCCGGAAAUGUUGCGUCCGCUGGGCGUCCCGGAGGGCGUCAACGUAAUCGCCUGGGGUCUAUCGCUGGAGCGGCCAACGAUGAUCAAGUAUGGCAUCAACAACAUUCGGGAUUUGAUUGGACCCAAGGUCGACCUGAAGAUGGUGCAGGACGGACCGAUCUGCCGGAUGAACCGCUGAAAGGUGAGAUGUUUUUCAUUUUGCUCUAUCCGUAAUCUAUUACCGUUUGAAACGUUAAUAAUAUCAUAUUCUGAUAAAAUGAACGAAAUUAUUGCAUCAUUCUAUCGACACUAGAGUCAAAAAA